GGGAAUUCCUCUACGACAUGUCAGAAGAAAAGCAAAUAUGUCUAGACAGAUAUUGUGGAAAGUCGGGAAUGGUCAAUGGCCAUUUGAAACUUUAACUUGUCCAACAUACUUUUAGCAGCUAAACCUUACUACCUGUAGUUUAGUAACUUAUAACUAGUGACUACAAACUAGUAUAGGGGAAAAGAAAGAAAAAAAAAAAAGCCCAACUAAAAUUAAUCUAAAAAGACCAUAGACAUACAUUUUGAUAGACUACCUGGAUCACCCUACCAAAUGCAGAAAAGUACGGAUCCUAACUCAUUAUUGACGCUACAGGCUGACUAUAUUAUUAAAGAAAUUAAACUGGUUCAAAUCGAGAAUCCCGGAGGUUUAUACUCAUUAAUCAUUGAUGAAAAAGUCGAAUCCAUACUAUUCCGAGUGCUUAGUAAAGAGCAAUUAUUAAGAAUUGUAACAUCUAUAGAAAAGAUUGAUGAACCAAGACGACAAAAUUCAUAUUUACAAGCCAUUUAUCUUUUGGAUUUAUCGGUAUAUAAUUUAAAAUGUAUAUUAACCGAUAUUCAAACUCAUAGAUAUAAAAAUGGUAUAGCCAUGUUCAUCCCUAGUUAUGAUAAUCAUAGUAUGAACUUUUUCAAUUCGACUAAAUUCUUAGGCAACCCCACCGUCACUCAGUACUUAAUUCAGGUGAAGAAUUGUUAUUUGGAUUUGUAUCCUCAGGAAUCUCGAGUGUUUUUAACUGAUAAUAAGACUCCUAAUUCUAUGCCUAUCUACUUUAAUGAGAAUUGCGCUCAAUUAGUUAUGCCACAAAUUAAAUUGGCUGCUAAGGCAUUAGUUAAUUUAAUGAUAAUUACCGGUGAGUAUCCAUUAAUUCGAUUUUAUAAUCCAAAUGAAUUGAAUCCUAAUUCGUAUACGGCAUCUCGAUUAUCGGAAUUAAUUGCUCAUGAAGUUCAACAACAAAUUGAUAAUUAUGCUCGAGAGAAUCUUGAUUUCCCUCCUCCUUCCGAUGGUAAACCAAGAUCAAUUCUACUUAUAGUGGAUAGAACUAUUGAUUUAUAUUCUCCUUUAUUACAUGAAUUCACUUAUCAAGCCAUGGCCAUGGAUAUAGUUCCUAGUUUAGAAAGAAAGGGCAUUUAUGAAUAUAAUUUUGAAGAUGAAACAGGUAAAGUUAAUCAAAAUAAAGCCAUAUUGGAAAAUGAACAUGAUCAAACUUGGAUAAGUCUUAGACAUUAUCAUAUUAUAGAGAGUUCUGAAUUAAUGACAAAGAUAUUUAAUGAUUUUGUUCAGAAUAAUCUGUUAUUAGUGGAUAGAUCUAAAGUAUCUACUACUAGUGAUAUUCUGUAUGUUAUGGCUCAUUUAAAGGGAUUUGAUGAAGAAAGAAGAUUUAUGGUAUUACAUAAGACAUUAAUUGAAGAAUGUCUUGAUUUAAAUACUAAGCGCAAAUUAGCCGAAUUUGCGGCGGAUUUCGAACAAACUUGCGCUUCUGAAGGGGUAACAUUUGAAGGAGAAAGAAAUAAAACUUUACAUAAUGAUUUAAUUAUCUUAUUGGCUCGAGAUGAUUUAACUGUGAAUGAUAAAAUGAGAUUAGUAUUAAUCUAUGGAUUAUAUAGAGGAGGAUUAAUUGAAUCUGAUUUUAAGAAAUUAGUUAAAUUCAUUGGAGUUAAUGAUCGACAAAUCAUUAGUCUUAUCUCUCGAUGCUUUGAGAAUUUACAUAAGUUAGGAUUUCCUGUAAUAAAGGCUAAUGUGAAGGAUAAGCGCGUGGUUAAGAAGAUGUUUCAUACUAUAAAUAAUGAGGGAACGUAUAAUACUUCCCGAUUCGGUCCGGCCUUAAAGUCCUUAACGCAGAGUCUUAUUAAAUACAAUUUGGAUGAAGAUUGGUUUCCGUAUUUCAGAGAUAAACCACUUCAGGAGGACUUACCAGCUAGUGCUCAGCUCCAGAACCAACACCAACAACCAUCAGACAAUGGGAAUGGAACGUUGAGGAAUGCUCGAGUUCGUCCAGUGUGGGCUCAGUCCUUAAACUCCACCAAUUCCAUUAGAAGUAGCCAUUCUCUCUAUCAACAACAGCAUCAAUCUAAACAAAAAGUCUUUUGUUAUGUGGCAGGAGGUAUAACCUAUUCGGAAAUGAGAUCCAUCUAUGAAUUGUCUACGUCCUUAAAUAAGGAUAUCUAUAUUGGAUCGGAAUCCAUCUUAAAGCCUCGGGAUUUCUUAAUUGGAUUGCAAACCAUCGAUACAGCCAAGAGCUUAAUGGAUUUGGAUUUGAAUCUUAUGAAACAAAUGCAUAAGUCCAGUGAACCACCUGCUUUCUUGUUGGAUGAUGGAAGACCCAAGGCACCUCCAGCACAAGCUCAAAGACAGUCAUUACCCAAUACUUCAGGGACUUCUACUCCACAGCAGUAUCCUAAGAGAUCAUCAUCAGUUAGUGUGACAUCGUCACCGGAGAAGAAGGAGAAGGAGAAGACUCGGUCUCGAUUAAAGAAGCUCUUUAAGUAGAGACUCGAUAGAGACGAGGAGACUGUUAAGUAGACACUUGAGCUUUAGACUGAACUGAAGACUCUAACAGUUUCACACUGUAACACUCUGUACAAUCUAUUGUUUAUACUAUAAAUACUAUAAGUACUAAUACUAUAUAUACUAUAAAUACUAUAAAUACUAAUACUAUACAUACUAAUACUAUACAUAC